CACAUGUGCGUGUGCGUGUCGGUGCGUGCGCGUGUGUUUAAGAUCGCGCGCGGGACUCGAAUCACAUCUUAAAGCGGGACCAUCAGUGCCUCGUGGAGGACCGAGAGAGUCACGUGCACGACGAAAGAGCGUAUUUUUUUCGGUGCGAUCUCGAUACGAAAUUUUUCGCGUGGACAAUUUCGGUGUAACGCGCGGUGUAAUUAUUUCUGAAAGAUGGUGCUCCUCAUUUGGAUACUUCACGUCUGUAUAACAGGCGCUUACGCUGCGACAAACCGCGACCACUCAAUGACGGUGAAAACCUACGAGAACGAAACGGUUUUGCUGCCUUGCUACGUGGAGGGCGCGCAAACUAGGGUAAGAUGGUGGCGAGAGGAGGUCCUCCUGGCCGACAGCUUCGAGCAGGAGCGGCCGUCGCCCGAGCGAGUCACCCUGUAUAGCAACGGCAGCCUGCGGGUCCUUCACGUGCAGCGGGAGGACAGCGGGGAGUAUGUGUGCCAGGCGAUCCGACCGUCUCCCUGGGGACACGUCACGCAAGUACACGAGAUCGAAGUGAUGUAUCCACCCAGCGCGGAGACGGUGCCGGCGACCGGCGAGCUGGAGGUCAAUCUCGGGGAGAGGGUGGAAAUGCAAUGCGUGACGAAGGGUGUCCCGGCCCCCAUCAUAAGUUGGAGGACGAAGGACGGGGAAAUCCCAUUAUUGGACGCUCGACCGCAAUUGAGAUUUCACGCCGACAAUCGGAAUCUAUCCGGCAGGUACACCUGCGUCGCCGAAAACGGAAUCGGCGAUCCCGCGGAGGCGCACGUAGACCUACGUAUUAGAUAUAAGCCGGAGAUCCACGUGAAGAAACCGUGGGUGCACGCGUAUCCGGGGAUACGAGUACAACUGGAUUGCACGGUGACCGCCUGGCCCGAGGCAAAGGUUGAAUGGUAUUUUAACAACGAGACAUUAAGGUACACGUCGCGGGUAGUGAAACAUAACGCCGGGAACGAUCACAGUCUAUUGAUAAGGGUGGUAAGGACAGCCGAUUACGGUUCCUAUCUCUGCCGAGCGUCGAACUCCUUGGGAAUCACCGAGAAGAUCGUCGAGCUGUCGGGAGUCGCGAAUCCGGCGGUGUUCAAGAAGGAGUCGCGCAGCACGUCCAGCGCGUCGUACAACUUCAUCUGGGAGGUCGACAGUUACAGUCCCAUCAUCGAGUACCAGUUUUGGUUUCGCAAAUAUAGGAGAGGUGCUGGGAGCGAAUGGCACAAAUUGUAUAUUCCCGCUGGUGGCAACGACAUCAUCAGCCCGGUGCAUGUUCGCUCCUUCAACCUGACGGGAUUGGACGCGGCGACCCAUUACGAAGCGGUCGUUUUGUCCAGAAAUCGUUACGGAUGGAGCCAUCCGUCGGAGAUACUGCGCUUUCACACCGAAGGAGCUCCUGUCGAUUCCAGCGAAAAUACCGAGAUGGAUGACGAACAAGAGCAGAAUAGGAUAGUAGGUA